CAGCCGAGGGCAGAGCAGCAGUAACGGGACUGGCGGAGGCUCCGGGCAGCUGCAGAUAUGAAGUUCCAGUACAAGGAGGAUCAUCCGUUCGAAUAUCGGAAGAAGGAGGGGGAGAAGAUCAGGAAAAAAUAUCCGGACAGGGUGCCCGUCAUUGUAGAAAAGGCUCCCAAAGCUCGUGUGCCAGAUCUGGAUAAGAGGAAGUACCUGGUGCCCUCUGACCUCACAGUGGGACAGUUUUACUUCCUUAUCAGAAAGAGGAUUCAUCUUCGCCCAGAAGAUGCCCUGUUUUUCUUUGUCAACAACACAAUCCCACCCACCAGUGCAACCAUGGGUCAGCUGUACGAGGAUAACCAUGAGGAGGACUGCUUCCUGUAUGUGGCCUACAGUGAUGAGAGUGUGUAUGGGAAGUGAUGGAGUAGGGUGAAGCUCAUCACAAAACUCACCACACCACCACCAACCGCAUCACAGAACAUCCAACCUCUAGGACUGUACAUCUCAUGGAACCUGCCAGCUCUAGGCCUGGAUGUCACAUGAAUACAGGACCAGUGCAUGAUGGGAAGGAUUUAGCAACCUCUAGGGCUGGACAGUUCAAGAUAAUGACCAAAGAUAAAAGAAUGCCAAGCUGCUCUGCUGUGGGUUGACUGUCUAUAUAGGAAGGUGUGUUGCAUUGAGAUGCUCAAGGUGAUAUGAAACAGAUCUGAGCACCUCUAGGGCUGUGUGGUUCCAAGAUGUUGAACUCAUCACCUGUCGGACUGGACAAGCACAUUCCCUCCCCCCCCCCUCUACAGCUUCAUCUAUGUUAUACAAACAUUCCCUCUCUGGAAGUCAGGCCACACCCAGUCAUGUGACUCACAAAGCCCCUCCCCUCCGUAUUUAUUUCAGUUCUAUUGUGUAAUACAGGGAGAAGAAAGCCGUUGAUUGGCUACAGAAUGUUAAUUAUUAACUCACCAGUGAUUCAUAAUUUUAUUUUAAACUUAGAUACGUAAAUAACAUCUCUGUCCUGUAAUGUACCCGGGAGGUUCCUUGCAUGGUCACAGGAUGACUAGAAUAAGUGACUUUCUUUUUUGUUCAUGGUUUCCUUUUGGUGCACUAUUCAUUGAAGGAGUUGUAAGUACUUUCUUAAGUUAUAACACCUCUGUACUUUUUUUUUUUAUUAAUUUAUUUUUUCUUGUAAUGUUUGUUGUAAAUUAGUAGAAAGCUGUGCAGCAUUUUAUGUUGUUGGGUUUUUUUGUUUUGUUUUUUACAACUGUGCUCAUCAGGACGUGUGACUACAGCACUCUGUAUUUUGUUAAUAUCAGAAUCGGACUUCAUUCAUUUUACUAAUUGGAUCCUGCGUUGGAUUGUUGCCAGUUUAUACCAGUGACUAACGCACAGUUUCUUGCAGUCUAUUUUGAUCUCUUUAGUAGGAAGUUUGUUUAUAAAACCAUUUGCACCGUGUAGGCUUUGAUUCUCUGUGUCAACAUGAAGGAAAUACCUUUUCUGGGGUCUGGUGCAUAGUCUUUUGCUUGCCUUGUACUGAUUUGUAUCGUAGCUACAACAUGUUAGACACCCCUGACAUCACCAACCUGAGCAUUCACCCCGUGUAAUAGAUGAAGUAAGAACGUGACAAAGAUUUGUGCUGACUCUCCAGGCUUCACUAAUAAGUGGCAUUAUGUUGUUUGCUGCUGCUGCUUUUUUAUUGUGACAUUAGUAUAUUUUAUAUGCUUAAAUACAGAAGGUCAUUUAUUCAUCUCAUUAUUCUAGUGCAUAUUUCAUAUUUCUUUAUGUUUCCAUAUAAUAUUGUCAUUGUUUUGUUUAAUAACGUUACAGUUAUUAUGUUCCUGCAUUAAAAUAAAACUGGAAAAGUA